GUUGAAACAGGUCUGGAAGAAUCAAAUCAGCAUUCUUAGGUGACGGUAUUGAAGAUCAAUCAAGAAAUUCCCACCUUCAUUCACGUCUUCACUGAUUCGAGGUGCUUAAUAAAGAUAAUCAAUGGCAUCAAAAGGUCUUGGUAAAGGAAGACAUAAGAAAGGAACUGAUAAUCUUCCCGCAGGUCAAUAUACACCACUACCACCAACUGUUACCACAACUCUUCAACAAGCUACUACAAAUAUUCUUCCUCCUUCAAGGACAAAUAUUUCACUACCAAAUACAUUUUUCAUGCCCCCGCCGCCUCACCAGUUCCAGCCCUCUUCUCCCCACACUAGUCUGCAUAGUAGAUCUUCAUCUAUACCUUCAACAUCAUCCACACCUAGCAUUUAUGGAUUGAGAAUUGAAGGUGCUAGCACAUCAAAAUCGCCAUCCAUUGAUAGUGCUACAACAUCUAAUGCUACAAAAGCUACUUCCCAGUUUCCAAAAUUUAAAGAGGUAGUAGAAUAUGACGGCAACGACAAACUAAUUAUCGCCCCUGAUGGUGGUAAUAGGUUCAUUCCUGCAUCUAGCGGUGGACAUAUGAUUAUAGAAAUAAUUAAACCAUUUUACACGCAGCCGUGGGGUAGUUGGAACGAGAUUAAACUCAACGUCAGAGUUCUUAUGUGGAACCAGUUUGUGACAAAGUGUGCAUGGAAUUCUUGUCAUGAAAAUAAAAUACAACGUAUUUUCAAGUUCAAAGUAGCUCUACGGAUCAAAGAACACUUAUAUUUGGCCCGGAGGAGCUUAAAAAAACCUGGUUGGCUGAAUGCUGAUGUGUGGGUUAAGUUCUUGGAAAAAUGGGAUACUCCUGAAUUUGUGGCGAGGAGGGAACGGGCAAAGGAAAAUAGAGCGUCUCAAACGGGUGGCUCAUUGCACCCAGGAGGUUCAAUGAGUUUUGCUACCCACCGACGAAGACUGGUAAUAUUAGCUUAAAUUUUGAUUUGUUCGAUUUAGUUCAAUGUUUUAAACCGUGACAUAGUGAAGUUGUGUGGGGCU